UGGCUAAAUAAUUCUCCACUAACAGGUACGAAGGUAACCGAAGCUAAUGUUGAAGUUUUUUCAUCGCACAAGCGUUCCCUUCAUCAAUACCCCAGAAAUCCUAAUUUUGCUAAUGUAAAAAAAAAUUACGAACCAAACAAACAGCCAAAGUGCAAAGUUAGCCUUAAUUCCAAAUUAGUAGCAAGUAACGAAAUAGUUUUGUAUAAUGCAGGUAAUAUUAGUAGUCGUUCCAGUCUGUAUUCAGUGCCGUCUAUAGAGUGGGAUCACUGCAAAUUCGACUAUCCUUUGCGCACGCGUUCUCUCCCGCGGCAGAGAAAAAGAGACCCAAGUAGAUUAUACAGAACAAGAUCUCAGAGCGGUUUUAUUAAUUCGUACAUAAAAGAUCCUGAACCAAUUCAUUUCCACGUACCCAGAUGUAAUUCUUGUGGUACCAUCGUUAAUUCCUUCUCGAGAGGCAUAAAAGCAGAUACGAAUAAUAAAUACGGUUCUGUAUAUUUCUCGUUCGAUAAUAUAUCGCAAAAAUGUAUAGAUGAUGUUGAGUUUAAUGUUGUUAAAGUAGAAGAAACUGUAUUACCAGUGUAUAAAGUAGCUAAUCAAACGGAAUUCGUUGAAAGUCAAGAAUUUAAUGAAGACAAUUAUCUUGGUGAAAUCUGUAAUACAUAUCCAUCUGAUAACAAUGUGACAAAAGAAAAUACGGAUACAAAACAUGAUGUUAAUGAUUUAGAAACGAGCAACGGAAAGAAACUUGACAGUGAAGUUGAUGAUUGUGUCGGUAAACAAGAAAACGUUUAUAGAGCUGAAUAUGCAAACAAUAUAGAUCAAAACGAAGAACUGCUUAAUAUAACUUUAGAUUCAGCUGACGGCGAAUAUCACAGUUUUACAGAAGACAUGGACUUCGCUGAAGUUGAUUACGAGAGUCCAGUAAAAGAUCUAGUAGGAAAAGAUAUACGCGACUAUUCGGUUCCUAUAGAUCUGUAUUGCGAAGAUUACACCAAGAAAGAUGUGAGUCCGACGAAAUCACCUCAAAAGAGAAUGGAUUUGAUCAAAACGAAUAUUCUAGAACCGAUUUUAGAAGAAUCCAAGAGUUCAUAUGAUGACUCAAGCCAUGAUAAAGUUGAUAAGAAAGUAGAAUGUACGAGAGAUAAUUCAGUUGAUCUUGAAAUCGUAACUACGAUAGCUGAUAAUGACACUGACAUUUUCGUUCCAGACGAUACAAACAAAAAACUAAAUACACAAACACAUAAAGGCAUGUGUGUGGAUGACACUGAUAGGUCCUUUAUAAUAUGUUCUCGAAAAGAUCGGUACAGUUCAUUGAGUGCAUCAAGUGGGAAUGGAGUGAGUUUAGAUUCAACGGGUGAAUUCGAAAAGUAUGAAACAGUAGCUAACGUUAUUACGACUAUUUUGUAUAGAAUUGACUUAAAAGUUGAAGAAAGUGAUGUUAAAAAUGAAUCAUAUGAACAGAGUAGUUUGCAAUCUAACUCUGAAGUUAAAUGCGAAGAGAAUGAAAACACAGAUAGUUUUUCGAUCACACAAAUUGUAAAGAACAUCGAAUUGAACGUAAAUUUGAGCGUAUCUACAGCAACCGAAACGAGCGAUAUAGAUAUUAAAGAGUCCAGCAAAGUAGUUGAAGCUAUAAUAUACUUUAUUUUUAAUAUAGCAUUUCGUAUUUGUAGCAAUAAAGAGAAAUGUCACACGAAAAAGGCGACCAAGAAAGUGGUUACCGUUGUUGAUUUUGAAGAUAUUCUUUCUACGACUUCGUUAGGUUGGUUGUACUUUAAUGAGGAUUGUUACAAACAUUUACAUGAAAGUGUUGAAGAGAUAAAAAAACAUGAAAAUGAUAUUGAACAUCCAUCCAAACCUAAUUAUGAAUUUGAUAAUGAUAUUUGUGCCAAUGAAAGUAAUAAAAGUCUUGUUGAAAAAGCUAGCAAGACACUUGUUACGGUUGUCGAUUGUGAAGAUAUUCUUUCCAAGACUUCAAUGGAACGGUUGUACUCUAAACACGAUAAAUAUUCACAAGAAGACAACGAAGAUACUAAACCAAAACACGAACGAACGUAUCCCACAAACGUAAUCGACAGUGACGUUUUAGAUACUGAAAAUAAGAGUAUUUCUAAUACAGAUUUGGAUUGUAAAAUCGCUGCUGUGAUCGAUUUAAGUUUGAACAGCGAUACUACAACAUACGAUCAAAACAUGGCAUUCAUAAAUGACAGUCGAGAGGUAUCUCUGACGUAUUACGAAAUGUGUAAAGAUUUGAACGAAACGAGAGCCGAAGACGUUAACGAUCAUACAAUCGAUAUUGCAACUGAAAUUUUAGACAGAUUACUCGAGAGGUCGUUUCGAAUAAACGAAUUCGUCGAAAGUAGAAAGACAUUUAACGAAACGUACACAGUAGAGACAGAAGAGAUGAAUACGGCGUUCCUCGUUGAUGACUUCUACCGAUCAUCGUCACCCCAUCGAGAUGUGUUCGACGUGUGCACCGAAUCACCAAUUAAACACGCCUCAGAUUCAUUCACAGCUGAUGAUUUGAGUCUCUUAUACGAUAAAGAUGAUGCAAUUUUGGGUUCUCCGUUCGUUAAAGCAGCGAACUUGCUAACGAUGUCGAAAACUGUUCGCAAAGGAGGUAUUAAAUAUUGGGUGUCGUUUGACGAAACAAUACCGAGCGAGAGGCGUUACACGAGAUGCGUACCAAGAUCGAAGGAUAAUCCUAGCUUUCUCGUCAUCGAUAUCGAUAAACACGAUUCUGAUAAAUUAGACACAAAUAACGACGAGUCUGCUGGAGAACCUGCUAAUGUUUCUGUUGAUCGUAAAGAAAAUGAAACAUUUACAACAGAAUCAGCUUCUAAUUAUAAUACAUGUGAUUUUGAACUCAGUUCUAGAUUAGAAAUAAGUGAUCGUAAGGAAAUACUUCUAUACAAUACUAGGGAUGUGAACAGGUUACAUUCAACAUGGCCGCCAUACGAACACACAUUGUUUUAUAGAAUUAUGCCUAGAUUUAAACUAUCACAAAGUUUAGAUCUUAGUUAA